GCAUGACUUCUGAGGCUGGCAAAAAUAGAAGCGCGAGCCACAAGCGCUUAUAAAUAAUAUUGAAUUGGACAUCGAGCUUUGAUUGCCACACAGUGAACUUUCAUUGCGUCAUUUUUCUUUGUUCAUUCUUCCGAUCGCGCGCUGCUAUGGAUCCCUACAGGCACGUGCCUUCAAGCGCUCACAAUUCCACCUACUUUACUACUAAUUAUGGUGCUCCUGUCUGGAACAACAACUCUUCAUUGACCGUUGGACCUAGAGGCCCAAUCCUCCUUGAGGAUUACCAUCUGGUGGAGAAACUUGCCAACUUUGACAGGGAAAGGAUUCCAGAACGUGUUGUCCAUGCCAGGGGAGCCAGUGCUAAGGGUUUCUUUGAGGUUACCCAUGAUCUUUCUCACCUCACUUGUGCUGAUUUUCUUCGAAGUCCUGGGGUUCAGACACCUGUCAUUGUUCGGUUCUCCACUGUUAUCCAUGAGCGUGGCAGCCCUGAAACCCUGAGGGAUCCAAGAGGAUUUGCAGUGAAGUUUUACACCAGAGAGGGUAAUUUUGAUCUUGUGGGAAACAACUUCCCUGUGUUUUUCAUUCGUGAUGGAAUAAAAUUCCCAGACAUGGUCCAUUCUCUUAAACCAAACCCAAAGUCACACAUCCAAGAAAAUUGGAGGAUACUUGACUUCUUCUCCCACCACCCAGAAAGCUUGCACAUGUUCACAUUCCUUUUUGAUGAUGUGGGUGUACCUCAAGAUUAUAGGCACAUGGAAGGUGCAGGUGUUAACACUUACACUUUGAUCAAUAAGGCUGGAAAAGCACACUUGGUGAAGUUUCAUUGGAAGCCCACUUGUGGAGUCAAGUGUCUAUUGGAGGAUGAAGCAAUCAAGGUUGGAGGAGCUAAUCACAGCCAUGCUACUCAAGAUCUUUAUGACUCUAUUGCUGCUGGAAACUAUCCUGAGUGGAAGCUCUUCAUUCAGAUUAUUGAUCCCGAUCAUGAGGACAAAUUUGACUUUGAUCCACUUGAUGUAACCAAGACAUGGCCUGAGGAUAUCAUUCCCCUGCAGCCCGUUGGCCGUUUGGUCUUGAAUAAGAACAUUGAUAACUUCUUUGCUGAAAAUGAACAGCUUGCAUUUUGCCCUGGUAUUGUGGUUCCUGGUGUCUACUAUUCAAAUGAUAAGUUGCUCCAAACUAGGAUCUUCUCAUAUUCUGAUACUCAAAGGCACCGUCUGGGACCAAAUUAUCUCCAGCUUCCAGUUAAUUCACCUAAGUGUGCUCAUCACAACAAUCACUAUGACGGUUUCAUGAAUUUCAUGCACAGGGAUGAAGAGGUUGAUUAUUUCCCUUCAAGGUAUGAUCCUGUUCGUCAUGCUGAGAGAUAUCCCAUUCCUUCUAAUAUCUGCACUGGAAGUCGUGAGAAGUGCAUAAUCCCCAAGGAAAACAACUUCAAACAACCUGGAGAGAGAUACCGUUCCUGGGAUCCAGACAGGCAAGAACGAUUCAUCUGCCGAUGGGUUGAUGCUUUAUCUGAUAAACGUGUCACUCAUGAGAUCCGCAGCAUAUGGAUUUCAUACUGGAGUCAGGCGGACAAGUCACUGGGUCAGAAGAUAGCAUCUCGUCUCAAUGUGAGGCCAAGCUUUUAAAGGUGACACCGAGGUGGACUGUUUUGAUUCUCAGAGAGUGAGCGAGGAGUAAAUGGUAAAGAUGGCUGCUGUUUAAAGAAUGUUUUUUAUUUGGUGGUGUGGUACGAUGUAAUACUAAAGAGAUUACAGACUAUUAUUUUGUGUACCCCUGGACUAAAUGUUCUACUAAUAAUUACCGGGAUGUACUGGUUAAAGUACCUUCUUAUCUAAAA